AUGUGGUUUAUCCUGAUAUCUGUGGCCAUCAUAGCCAUAACUCUGCUAAUUCGGAAACAAUAUAACUACUGGGAGCGUCAAGGUAUACCAAGCGAUAAGCCGGUUAUACCCUUCGGGUCGAUAAAGGACACCAUACUCGGUAAAAAGGAUGUCGGUUCCGCGAUUCACGAUCUUUACAAAGGCUACAGAGAGCGUUUCGUUGGAAUUUAUCUGUUCUUCAAACCAACCCUGCUGAUAUGCGAUCUGGACCUAGCGCGGCAAAUUCUAAUGCAAAAUUUCGUGAGCUUCCACGAUCGUGGCAUUGAUUCAACCAUAUGCGAAGAUCUUUUCUCGAUGCGCGAUACAAGUUGGAAGAAUUUGCGUAACAAACUGACACCACUUUUCUCGAGCGGCAAGCUGAAGGCAAUGCUGCCGACGGUUAACGAUGUCGGAGCCAAACUAUUAAAUCACUUAGAUAGACAAUUGGAUGGCAAAAGCGUAGUGGAGGUCGAGAUAAAGGACGUGAUGAUUACCUAUGCGGUUGAUAUUGUUGGUUCAGUAUUCUUCGGAAUGGACGUUGAUAGCUUCCAAAAUCCCACAAACGAAUACCGCAAAGUGAUUAAACAAGUGCUUUCGCCGUCGGCUUGGCUGGACAAGAUAAAAACGGUGGCGUUUUUUGUUUGCCCGCCAGUAUCAACCUUCAUGGAGAAUUGCGGCUACAUAUCCAACGGAGUCGUGGAAAUACGCGAAAUUAUCAAGCGCGUUGUGAAUUUACGCGAGCAAAAAAAUGUUGUGCGUCGUGACUUUCUUCAGCUACUCUUGCAAUUGCGGAAUUGCAAUAAAAUUACUGAUGAUGAGAAUUUCAGUUUGGAGAAUACAUCGGAAGAUACCAAGUCCAUGUCCAUCGAAAUAAUAGGCGACCAGUGCUUAAGUUUCUAUAUUGCGGGUAGUGAGAGCACAUCACUUACGGCGUCCCAUACACUGUACCCAGAGCUGUUAACAGAAGCUGUGGCAGAAGUUGACUCUGUUCUGACGAGACAUAGUCUAACACCAAGUGACCCACUCACUUAUGAGGCCAUACAGGACAUGAAGUUCGUAGAACUCUGCACCAAGGAAACCCUACGUAAAUACCCAGCCUUGCCGUUUCUAAAUCGAGAAUGUACACAGGACUUCGAAAUUCCCAACAGUGAUUACACAAUCAAAAAAGGUACGGCAAUCUUGAUUUCACUUCUUGGGCUGCACUAUGAUCCAGAGCAUUUCCCGAAUCCACACAAAUACGAAUACAAGCAGAUGGAAUUCGAGUUUAGUAAUGGCGUUUCACCUAUCAUUAAGGGUGGAGUGAAACUAAAGAUAUCAAAGAGGAUUCAAUAG